AACGUCAAAACAUAACCUUCUUAGCUUUCUCUAUUAUUUUGUAAUCUGAAAUAUAAAUGGGUUCACAUAAGCAUAAGAAAAAACAUGAAUCUGAUUCAAGUUCAUCGGACAGUGAAGCUAGUUCAUCGUCUAGCGAGUCCAGCAAUAAAAAGAAAAUUUCAAAAAGCCAACAUUCCAGUUCAGAGGAAAGCGACGAAAAAUAUUCUAAGUCAAAACGAAGAAGAUCUUCAGAUUAUUCUGACGCGGAGGUAACAAAAAAGCAGAAGAAUAGAAAGCAAGAAAAUGUAGAUAGAAGCUCUGAUAAUAAAUACAAAGAAAAGGACCGUUACGAAAAACUUAAAGAUGAGGAACGGCAUAGAGAGAACAAGCAUAGGCAUAAAUCACCUGAUAAAGAUCGAGCAAAAUCAAGAGAUAGAGAUGUUGAAGAGUCACAUAGUAGGAGAGAUUAUGACAAAGACAGACAUGAUGACAGGGAUCGAAGUCGGAGAGAUUAUAAUAAUAAAGACAGACAAGAAGACCGACAUCGAAAUAAAAGAGGUGAUUAUAGGAGGGACGACAGAAGAUCUUUUAGAGAUCAGGGGGAUACAAAGGAGUAUAGAGAUGAUAACAAUGAUUAUAAAAAUAGAGGAAGGGAUAGGAGAGAUAAUUAUCGUUAUGGAAAUCGGAGGAGGAGCAGUUCUUUCGAUCAUGCCAACGCUAAAUGGGGUAAACAAGAGGGUACGAAGUAUGAAAAAAAGGAACCCCAACAGAAGGAAAAGCCAAACUUUAGCCUUUCUGGAAAACUCACAGAAGAAACUAAUACUUACAAGGGCAUUGUUAUCAAGUAUAGUGAACCACCUGAAGCUAGAAAACCUAGGAGAAGAUGGAGACUGUAUCCGUUCAAAGGAGAAAAAGCCUUACAGACAUUGUAUAUACACAGAGAAAGUGCAUAUCUUAUUGGCAGAGAGAGAAAAGUAGUUGACUUGCCGGUAGAUCACCCCUCUUGCUCAAAACAACAUGCAGUUCUUCAGUAUCGGUUGGUCCCCUUCACCCGGGAUGAUGGAAGUGCAGGUAAAAGGGUACGUCCGUAUCUCAUUGACUUGGAAUCAGCAAAUGGAACUUUUAUCAAUAAUAAGAAAAUUGAAUCCAAAAAAUACGUCGAAUUAUUUGAGAAAGAUGUGAUAAAAUUUGGGUACAGUUCAAGGGAAUAUGUUUUGUUGCAUGAAAAUAGUAAAGACGAGGCAAUGGAUGAUGACGUAAAGCAAGAAGAGGAAGAACCUCCCGUAAAAGAGGAACCUGCAUGAAAUAAAAAUAUUUUAGAUAUAAAGUUGUAUGUAAUAGAAAUUAAUUGGGAAAAAAUAAAGUAAACUUAAGUUAUG